AUGUCAGGAAGAGGCAAAGGUGGUAAGGGACUCGGGAAAGGAGGCGCUAAGCGCCACAGGAAGGUGCUGCGGGACAACAUUCAGGGCAUCACGAAACCUGCAAUUCGCCGUCUCGCUCGCAGAGGUGGCGUGAAGCGCAUUUCUGGCCUCAUCUACGAGGAGACCCGUGGUGUGCUGAAGGUCUUUCUAGAGAAUGUGAUCCGGGACGCCGUCACUUAUACCGAGCACGCCAAGAGGAAGACUGUCACAGCUAUGGAUGUGGUCUAUGCUCUCAAGCGCCAGGGCCGCACUCUGUAUGGUUUUGGAGGUUAA